AUGCCAUUGAAAGAACAAUUGGAAAAUAUUUUAGAAAAAAGAAAAAAACGUGAUCUUUGUCGUUCUCUAGUAGUUGCGUCACCUUCAUCAGCCGAUUUUUCAUCUAAUGACUUCCUUGGACUUUCAAGAAAUAAAAUAUUGAGUGAAAAAUUUUUAAAUACUCUUAUCAAAUUCCCUCACCCUCCACUUGGUUCAACAGGUUCACGACUUUUGGAUGGAAAUUCAUCAUUUGCCGAAUCAUUAGACAAAUUUCUUGCAGAAUUUCAUAAUGCUGAAAGUGCAUUGAUGUUUACAUCUGGUUUUGACGCGAAUGUAGGAUUUUUUAGUUGUGUUCCACAGCCUGGUGAUGCCGUUAUUAUAGAUGAAUUUGUACAUGCAAGUGUACAUGAUGGAGUGAGAAAUUCUAGAGCAUCUUUGGUUACAAAUUUCAAACAUAAUGAUGUUGAAAAUCUUAAAGUAGUGUUAGAGAAUGUUAUAAUGAAAAUUGGUGCAAAAAAUAAUAUUUUCGUUGCAGUAGAAAGUUUAUAUUCAAUGGAUGGUGAUUUUUCUCCUUUAAAAGAAAUUGUUGAAGUCUUAAAAUCAUUUAACGCGUACUUAUACGUUGAUGAAGCUCAUUCGAACGGUGUAUAUGGUUACCAAGGCAGGGGGAUCGUUUGUGAAUUAGGUUUGGAACGUCACGUGUUUGCACGACUACAUACUUUCGGCAAAGCAUUGGCUAGCAAUGGAGCGGCUAUUCUUGGUCCGAAAAUAUUAAGAUGCUCUUACGAAGUCAUGUCUGGUGAAAUAGGUGAUCAGCUCCGACAAAAUUUAAUGAAAUUAAUAAAUAUAUUCCGCUCAAACAUCAAAAUAUCACAUGAUAAUUUAUUACCAUCUACUAGUGCUAUCCAAGGAAUAAUUGUCCCAGGUAACGCAAACGCAGUAAAAUUAAGUCGUAUACUCCAAAAGGCGGGAUACAAUGUGAAACCAAUCCGAUCUCCAACUGUCCCUGUUGGAAAAGAACGUGUAAGAAUUUGCAUACAUGGUGAUAAUACAAAAGAAGAAAUUCUAGGAUUAAUAAGUGUUAUUGAAGAUUAUUUUAAAGAAAAUAUGAGAAUAAGAAAUGAACAGAUUUCAAGACUUUAA